UCGGUCGUGUCGUCGUCAGUCAUUAAUUUUAUCGCGUACACAACGCAUUGCAUCGACUGUGCAUACACCAAAAAAAUUUUUUUUGGACAAGAAUUUUCGGGUUUGCGGCUUAGUAACUGCUUGUGUGCAUUUGCAAGUAGAAGUUUUUAUUUUGGUUCAACUGAAAAAAAAAAAAUAAAAAAAAAUUAAUUUAUGUGACUUGUGACACGAAAAAACUUAAAAAGCUUCUUAUCAAAGCAGUAAAAUUUAAAUUAAACAGUGAAUUUAAUUGUUUUAGAUACAGAUUCAAGUAAAAACCGCAAAAAAGUGUAAAAAAAAAUUAAACAAAGAACAAUGUUCUUCGACGACGACGAUUCUUUACAAGAUUCUGGAAUCUAUUCAGACAAAAUGGAUCAGCAACAGCAAUAUUGCCUCAAAUGGAGCAAUUACUCGUCAAAUAUGGCAAUGGCAUUUUCAAAUCUCUACGAGUCAGAUACAUUAACGGAUGUGAUAUUGUUGUGUGGAGGUCAAAUCUUCAAAGCACACAAACUGAUUCUCGCUGCGUGCUCGCAAAACUUCGCCGAAUUGUUCGAGACGGCGCAACAAAGUUCCAAUGGUUCAACAUGUGUGAUAUUAGAAGCUACCUCAGCCGACAACAUGCAAGCCCUGCUGGAGUUCAUGUACAAGGGCGAGGUUCAUGUGUCGCAGACAGCGUUGGAGAGCUUCUUGAAAGCCGCCGAAAGUUUGCAGGUCAAAGGUCUCACUGCGGAACACGGUCGAUUCAAUUCAAACGCCAAUGCGCCGCAUCCGUCGACAAAUAGUCCGCUGCACGAUCCCGUCGUGCCAAUCACGCGUCGCAACCAAUCGCAACUCGCCUCGGCUCAAACGCACUCACAACGAAGCCCCAUGGAUUCAUUUGUCGCGAAAAGCAUCAAGCGCGAAACCGACAUGAUUUUGCACUCGUCGCCCUCGGCGUUGGCCAAUUAUGCGCCCAACUACAUGCCAUCCUUCAUGCCGCACAACUUCCCGGAACAUCCGCGCAAACGUUCGCUCAAGAGCCCGUAUGGCGAACAGGAGUCGCCUCGCGGAAGCGUUUUGCGCGACGGCAGCAAAGGUACGCCCGUCAGUAGUCAGAGCCCGGUUAGCGGAAAUGGAAAACGCGGAUAUGGCGAUAGCGGAAGCAGCGGAAGACCAGCGAGCAGUGCCAGCAGUGUGGCACCCACGGAGGCAGAUACACAACAAAUGGAACGGAAUUCGCCACAGCAGUCAAAUCGAUAUGAGAAUCACAGCCCAAGCACAACGCAUACCGGAAACAAUGGAACUAACUCUGAACGCGACGAAAACGAAGACAUGGAAAAGUCAAAACGUUCAAAGGAUGAAGGAAAUGAAGCUGGCGCUGAAGAUCUACGCGUAAAAAUGGAAUUACGAUCGAAUCAAUCGCCAAUCGCCUCAUCUGCCCCCGAAACGCCCACCAGUCCCCUCUACAACUCCUCAAUGAAAAUGGAUCUGUCUGAUACGUCGCUUGGAAGUGUCGACAUGCUAAAUGCAAUGGCUGCUCAUCGGGAUAACGUUCACUCGGCUGACGGAAAAUUAAUACGCAAGAAACUCCAAUGCCCACUAUGCGAACGCCAAUACGGUUACGAGACAAAUCUAAGAGCACACAUUCGACAACGACAUCAAGGUAUUCGUGUACCUUGUCCUUAUUGUUCCCGAACAUUCACACGUAAUAACACGGUACGACGUCACAUUGCGCGCGAACACAAAUCGCAUUACAUGCAAAAUGCCCUCAACAAUCCACUCAGUAGUCCACACAAUAACCCAUUGAAUCAACUUCCGAGUUAAAGUAGUUAA